AUGAGAACAUUAUGUGAGGUUGACUGGCCCUCGCAACAAACUAACUGGCCCUCGGAGGGGAGCUUCGAUUUGCAACUAAUCAACCCACUGUAUCGAAAUAUCUUGAACGUCCACCCAGACCAGAUCCCCUACAUUUCUACUUGGAAAACCAAUGUAGAAAAGAACCCAUCGUGGUUGAAAGCCUGCCGAGGCGACGCCCACAAAGUACAGUUUGUGCAGUUCGACCGACAGGGAA